UGGAGAUGUGAACAGGGGGUCGCAGUCACAGUUGGAGAAUCAACGAGUUCACAUCACUGCACGGAGUUCGUGGGGACAAAAGAAACGCUCACAUUUUUGUAUUAUUCUUAAAUCGUUUUCUGGACUUUUGUGAAGGAAAAAAUAACAUUGGAUCUAUGUUAACCCUACGUGGAAUUAAAGAGAAUUUUUAAACCCGACGAGGAGGAAUGCAUCGAUUCCUUGUGAAACUAACCACUCUACUCGUAUUGAUAGCUCUAACGAAAGGGCAAGGAUGCACUGGGCCUGACGUGUGCCUGAAUGGAGGCAUCUGUGAGCCCACCCCUAAUGGCAGAGAAUGCAAGUGUCCGGAGAAAUACCUGGGAUCGAGAUGUGAGCACCACAACCCCUGUUACUUCAGCCCCUGUGAAAAUGGAGGCACCUGUCAGGUGGCUAAACGCGGCAUCCGGUACGAGGCUGUCUGCAAUUGCCGGCCAGGCUUUAUGGACAAGCUGUGCCUGACGCCGAUGGACAACGUGUGUUUGAACUCUCCUUGCCGAAAUGGAGGCACCUGCGAACUUCUCAGCACCAGGGACUACCGAUGUAGAUGCCGCCCUGGUUGGUCAGGUAAAACAUGCCAGCAGGCAGAUCCCUGUGCCUCGAACCCCUGUGCCAACAGCGGUACUUGUAGAGCCUUCGAAUCCCAUUACUUGUGCGACUGCCCGCCAACCUUCUACGGACAGACCUGUAAGCAGGAUGUCAAUGAGUGCACCCAGAACCCUAACAUCUGCAAGAAUGGCGGCACUUGUGUCAACGAGGUGGGAACCUACCAUUGCCGCUGCCCACAGGAGUACACUGGCAAACACUGCGAGACCCUCUACAUGCCCUGCAAUCCAUCGCCCUGCAACAAUGGGGGCACUUGUGUGCAGAAAGGAGAUACCACCUACCAGUGCACUUGCCUUCCAGGUUUCAAUGGGCAGAACUGUGAACACAACAUCAAUGACUGUACAGACCACCUGUGUGAGAAUGAAGGUGUAUGUGUGGAUGGAGUGAACACUUACAACUGCCAAUGCAAACCGGAGUGGACAGGUCAGCUAUGCCGGGAGGACGUCAACGAGUGUGACCUGAUGCCAAACGCCUGCCAGAACGGUGGCACCUGCCUCAACUCCCUGGGCGGCUACCACUGUGUGUGCGUGAACGGCUGGUCGGGAGACGACUGCAGCGAGAACAUCGACGACUGCGCCGAUGCUGCCUGCGCCGCCGGCGCCACCUGCCACGACCGCGUGGCCUCCUUCUACUGCGAGUGCCCCCCUGGUAGAACAGGUCUGCUCUGCCAUUUGGAGGAUGCCUGCAUAAGCAGUCCGUGCAAAAAAGGGUCCAACUGUGACACGAAUCCCGUAAACGGCAAAGCGAUCUGCACCUGUCCCGCGGGCUACGUUGGGGCAUCCUGCGACGUUGACAUUGACGAGUGCUCGCUGGGUUCCAACCCUUGUGAGCAUGGAGGGAAGUGCCUCAACACCAAAGGCUCGUUUCAGUGCAGAUGCCCUGCUGGCUACAUAGGUGCCCGCUGUGAGCUCGAUAUCAACGAGUGCAUGUCCAACCCUUGCCAAAACGAUGCAACCUGCCUGGACCAAAUUGGAGGUUUUAAAUGCAUCUGCAUGCCAGGCUACGAGGGAAUCUACUGCCAGAUCGAUACCAACGAGUGCGCCAGCAUGCCCUGUCUGAACAAUGGGGAGUGCAUCGACAAGAUCAACAGCUUUGAGUGCCAGUGCCCCACAGGCUUCAGUGGGAGCCAAUGCCAGGUGGAUGCAGAUGAGUGCGCCAGCACACCAUGCAAGAAUGGCGCCAAAUGCACAGACGGGCCCAACAAGUACACAUGUGAAUGCACUGAAGGUUACACCGGACAGCACUGCGAGCUUGACGUCGACGAAUGUGCGUCCAACCCUUGCCACUAUGGCACAUGCAAGGACGGCCUGGCCUCCUUCAGCUGCCAGUGCAAGGCGGGCUACACCGGGCGCCUGUGCGAGACCAACAUCAACGAGUGCCUCAGCCAGCCAUGCCAGAACGGAGGCACCUGCCAGGACAGCGUCAACGCCUACCGUUGCCUCUGCCCCAAGGGCACCUCAGGUAUCAACUGUGAAAUCGACUUGGAUGACUGCAAAAGCAACCCGUGUGACUCCGGGACGUGCAUCGACAAGAUCAACGGCUACGAGUGCACGUGCAAGCCAGGCUACACAGGAACCAUGUGCAACAUCAACAUUGAUGAGUGUCAGAGUAACCCGUGCCAUAACGGGGGCACCUGUGUGGAUGGCAUCAACGGCUUCACCUGCCAGUGUCGUGAAGGCUUCCAGGACCCUACCUGUCGCUCCCAGAUCAACGAGUGCCUUAGCAACCCCUGCAUCCAUGGCCACUGUCAAGAUCAGGUCAACGGCUACAACUGUAUCUGUGACAACGGCUGGAGUGGCCAAAACUGUGACAUCAACAACAAUGAGUGCGACUCCAACCCCUGCAUGAACGGAGGCAGCUGCCGCGACAUGACCAGUGGCUACUACUGCACGUGCCGGGCUGGCUUCAGCGGUCCUAACUGCCAAACUAACAUUAACGAGUGUGCCUCCAACCCAUGCCUCAACCAAGGCAACUGUAUCGAUGAUGUCGCGGGCUACAAAUGCAACUGCAUACUGCCUUACACUGGGGAGAAUUGUGAGACCUUGCUGGAGCCCUGCGCGCCCAAGCCCUGCAAGAACGGGGGCGAGUGCCGCGAGUCGGAGGACUACGAGAGCUUCUCCUGUGUCUGUCCCAAAGGCUGGCAAGGUCAGACCUGUGAGAUCGACAUAAAUGAAUGUGUGAAGAAUCCCUGUAAGAACGGAGCCUCCUGCCAAAACACUAUUGGAAGCUACCAGUGCAGCUGCAAAUCCGGGUUCACCGCACGCAACUGUGAGACCGACAUUGACGACUGCAAGCCCAACCCGUGCAACAACGGCGGCAUCUGCAAAGACGGCGUGAACAGCUUCGUCUGCUCGUGCCAGCCGGGCUUCCGUGGCACGCGCUGCGAGGAGGACAUCAACGAGUGCGAGAGCAACCCGUGCAAGAACGGCGCCAACUGCACCGACUUCGUUGACAGCUACACGUGCACGUGCCCACCGGGCUUCAGCGGAAUCCACUGUGAGAACAACACGCCCGACUGCACAGAGAGUUCCUGUUUUAAUGGGGGCACCUGCGUGGAUGGCAUCAACACCUUCACCUGCCUAUGUCCACCCGGCUUCACUGGCAGCUACUGCCAGCACGACAUCAAUGAGUGCGACUCCAAGCCAUGUCUGAAUGGGGGCACAUGCCAGGACAGCUUUGGCACCUACAAGUGUACCUGUCCUCAAGGCUAUACUGGACUCAACUGUCAGAACCUGGUGCGGUGGUGCGACUCCUCUCCAUGCAAGAACGGGGGCAAGUGCUGGCAGACUGGCACCACCUACAGCUGUGAGUGCCAGAGUGGCUGGACAGGGCUCUACUGUGAUGUGCCCAGUGUGUCCUGUGAAGUGGCCGCCAAACAGCAAGGUGUGGAGGUGACCCACCUGUGCCGUAACUCUGGUCAGUGCCUGGACGCUGGCAACACGCACUUCUGCCGCUGCCAGGCGGGCUACACGGGCAGCUACUGUGAGGAGCAGGUGGACGAGUGUGUGCCCAACCCCUGCCAGAACGGAGCCACCUGCACUGACUACCUGGGAGGAUACACCUGCGAGUGUGUUCCUGGCUAUCACGGGACAAACUGCUCCAACGAGAUCAAUGAGUGCCUCUCGCAGCCCUGCCAGAACAGAGGCACCUGCAUCGACCUGAUCAAUACCUACAAAUGCUCGUGUCCCCGGGGAACCCAAGGUAUCCACUGUGAGAUCAAUGUGGACGACUGCAACCCGUCCACUGACCCGGUCACUAAGGAGCCCAAGUGUUUCAACGGCGGCGAGUGUGUGGACGGCGUGGGCGGCUACCACUGCAUCUGCCCCGCUGGCUAUGUGGGUGAGCGCUGCGAGGGCGACGUCAACGAGUGCCUGUCCAACCCCUGCGACCCGCGCGGCACACACAACUGCGUCCAGCUCACCAACAACUACCGCUGCGAGUGCCGCACUGGAUACACAGGCAAGCGUUGUGAGCAGGUGUUUGAUGGCUGUAAGAGUAAGCCCUGUCGUAACGGAGGUACCUGUGCAGUGGCCAGCAACACGGCCCAUGGAUUCAUCUGCAGGUGUCCACCGGGAUUCACUGGCUCCACCUGUGAGGGUGAUGCUCACUCGUGUGGCACCCUGCACUGCCGCAACGGCGGCUCCUGCAUCUCCGGCCACAAGAGUCCGCGCUGCCUGUGUCCGGCCGCCUUCACCGGGCCCGAGUGCCAGUACCCGGCCGACAGUCCGUGCCAAAGCAACCCGUGCUACAACAGCGGCACGUGUCAGUACACCAGUGAGGAGCCCUACUACCACUGCAUCUGCCCGGUCCACUUCAACGGCCUGCUCUGCCACGUGCUGGACUACGGCUUCCGGGGCGGCUUACCGGGCCGCGACGUCACGCCGGCGCCCGAGGUGGAGGCCAGCUGCGAGAUCGACGACUGCAACGGCCGCUCGGGCGACAGCGUUUGCGACAGCAAGUGUAACAACUACGCGUGCGACUGGGACGGCGGCGACUGCUCGCUCAACUUCGACGAUCCGUGGAAGAACUGCUCGGCGGCACUGCAGUGCUGGCGCUACUUCAACGACGGCAAGUGCGACGAGCAGUGUGACAACGCCGGCUGCCUCUAUGACGGCUUCGACUGCCAGCACCUGGAGGGCCAGUGCAACCCGCUUUACGACCAAUACUGUAAGGACCACUAUGCCGAUGGGCACUGCGAUCAGGGGUGCAAUAACGCCGAGUGUGAGUGGGAUGGUCUGGACUGUGCCAACAACGUCCCGGAGAAGCUGGCGGUGGGGCGCCUGGUGCUGGUGGUGCGCAUCCACCCGGAUCAGCUGCGCAGCAACUUCUCGGGCUUCCUGCGCGAGCUGAGCCGCGUGCUUCACACCAACGUGGUGUUCCGCCGCGACGCCAAGGGCGAGCUCAUGAUCUACCCAUACUACGGCAACGAGCAGGAGCUCAAGAAGCACGCCGUCAAGAAGCGCUCAGUGGCUGACGGCUGGGCCGACGCGCGCGCCAGCGUCAUGGCCACGCUGACGGACGGCAUGCACCGCGUGGUCAACCUGCGGCGGCGGCGAGAGCUGGAUCAGAUGCAGAUCAAAGGGUCGGUGGUGUACCUGGAGAUUGACAACCGGCAGUGCUUCCAGCAGUCUACCGAGUGCUUCCAGAGUGCCACUGAUGUGGCGGCUUUCCUAGGAGCCCUCGCCUCCAGUGGCAACCUGGACAUGCCCUACGUCAUCGAGGCUGUGGCCAGCGAGAACACCCAGCCACCGCCCAACGAGCUCUACCCCAUCUACGUGGUGCUGGCCGGCCUCAUCAUGCUGGCCUUCGUCGGUGUGGGCAUGGUGGCGUCCCGCAAGCGGCGCCGCGAGCAGGGCCAGCUCUGGUUCCCCGAGGGCUUCAAGGCCAGCGAGUCCAACAAGAAGAAGCGCCGCGAGCCGGUCGGCGAGGACUCCGUCGGCCUCAAGCCAUUGAAGAACCUGUCGGACAUCUCCUUAAUGGAUGACAACCAGAACGAAUGGGGAGACGAGGAACCAUCAGAACACAAACGCUUUAGGUUUGAGGAGCAGGCGAUGCUGGACCUCGAUGACCAUACAGACCACCGGCAGUGGACCCAACAGCACCUGGAUGCUGCCGACCUCCGCAUCCCUUCCAUUGCCCCCACACCUCCACAAGGCGAAAUCGAGAAUGACUGCAUGGAUGUGAAUGUCCGUGGACCAGAUGGCUUCACUCCUCUGAUGAUCGCGUCCUGCAGCGGAGGUGGUCUGGAAACGGGCAACAGCGAGGAGGAAGAGGACACUUCGGCCAACGUCAUCAACGACUUCAUCUACCAGGGCGCCAACCUGCACAACCAGACGGACCGCACGGGCGAGACGGCAUUGCACCUCGCUGCCCGCUACGCCCGCUCCGACGCCGCCAAGCGCCUCCUGGAGGCCAGUGCUGACGCCAACAUCCAGGACAACAUGGGCCGCACGCCCCUCCACGCCGCCGUGGCUGCUGACGCUCAGGGAGUCUUCCAGAUUUUGAUUCGGAAUCGUGCCACGGACUUGGACGCCCGUAUGCAUGACGGCACGACCCCUCUGAUCCUGGCUGCUCGACUGGCAGUUGAGGGGAUGGUGGAGGAGCUGAUCAACUGCCACGCUGAUGUCAAUGCUGUUGAUGACUUUGGUAAAUCCGCUCUUCACUGGGCAGCAGCUGUGAACAACAUGGACGCAGCCAUGGUUCUGCUGAAAAAUGGAGCGAACAAGGACAUGCAGAACAAUAAGGAGGAGACACCCUUAUUCCUGGCAGCCCGUGAGGGCAGCUACGAGACGGCAAAGGUCCUGCUGGAGCACUUUGCCAACCGCGAGAUCACGGACCACAUGGACCGCCUGCCACGAGACAUCGCCCAGGAGCGCAUGCACCACGACAUCGUGCGCCUGCUGGACGAGUACAACCUGGUGCGCAGCCCGCCUGUGCACAGCGCCCCACUGACCAACAGCCUGUCGCCUCCGCUCUGCUCGCCCAACGGCUACCUGAACAGCAUGAAGCCGGCCGUCCAGAACAAGAAGGCCCGCAAGCCCGGCAGCGGCUCCGCCAAGGGCCUGGCCUGCAAGGACGGUAAGGACAUGAAGAACAAGAAGAAGAAGCCCCAGGAGGGCGGCCGCGGCGGAGGCGGUCUGCUGGACAGCUCGGCUGUGCUCUCGCCCGUCGACUCGCUGGAGUCGCCGCACGGCUACAUCUCGGACGUGUCAUCACCGCCGCUCAUGACCUCGCCCUUCCAUCACUCACCUACGUCCAUGGCACUGGGCCACCUGCAGGCCCUGCCGCCCGAGGCCCACCUGGCCAGCGUCAACCACCUGGGCAUGGCUAACAAGCAGUUUGACCCGCUCCCCCCACGCCUCACCCACCUGCCUAUGGCCAGUGCUGGGAAUGGCCAGUGCGACUGGCUGUCCCGGAUGCACGGCGGCAUGGCCAGCCAGCAACAGUUCAACACCCUCGGCGGCAACCGCGGCCAACAAGGCGGCAUGGGUCACCAGGGCAAUGGCUCGGUGUCACACGGCCUGAUGCACAACGGGCUGUCCUCGUCCGCACUCUCGCAGAUGAUGGGCUUCCCGGCCAUGCCCAGCAGCCACCUGGGCAACCAGACUCACCUGAUGCAGGGGCAGUCGAUGCAACAAAUGCAGCUCCAGCAGCUCCAACAGCAGCAGCAGAACUCAAAUCCGCCCAGCAGCGUGAGCCCGGGCUUCAUCUCGGCAGACAUGGGCGGCCCCGACGUCAUCCAGCAAGGCACGGGCGGCAACGGCUCGCUCCCCAUCCACACUAUCCUGCCCCAGGAGACUCAGAUCAUGUCCGCCCAGCUCGGGCCCGGCCUGGCCAGCACCCAGUUCCUCACUCCGCCCUCGCAGCACAGCUACUCGGCCACCAUGGAGGGCAACACGCCCAACCACCAGCUCCAGGUGCCGGACCACCCCUUCCUCACCCCGUCCCCCGGCUCCCCAGACCAAUGGUCCAGCUCCUCCCCACACUCAAACAUGUCUGACUGGUCCGAGGGCAUCUCCAGUCCCCCCACUAGCAUGCAGUCGCAGAUCGGGCACAUUCCAAAUGACCACUUUAAGUAACCUUUUUUUAUUCUUUGAUACUAACAGAAAGUUUUUUCCCCUCCCCCAUUUUUUAUUUAUUAAUGCCUCAUUUUUAUUUAUACUUGUUUCUUGUUUGUCUGCUUAAAGAUUUUUUUUUAUUUUGUUGUCCUAUCACUGGGUUACUGAGAGCGGCGUGGCUUUUGUCCUGUAGAUUUGGUUUGUAUCCUUCCGGUUGGUCUGCAUUUCUCGGUUUCUGGUGUGCACACUGGGUAUUUAUUGGUCUUAAUUUUUGACUUACUUUCUUUUCCAUCAGUUGUUUUUCAGUCUUUGUUCUUUUAAAAUAUUUUCUAUAUAAUUGUAUAAACUUGUUAAAUACGUUUUAUCAUGAGGACAUUUUAUAGUUUUUUUAUUUCAUUUAUUUCAUCAGUACAGUAUUUAGACAGAGUUUUUUUCUAUACCUUUGUUUUAAUUUCCAACAGAACAAUCACAGGGAUGAUGUUUUUUUUCUUUCAUUGUUCAGAUGUCUUAAAAGUGCAUGUUUGCCAAUUUAUUCAUAUUAAAAAAUGUUGAAAUAUACAUCACUACUGUUUUUUGCUGUUAUUAUCAGAUACCUGUUAUUAUUUGUUGUAUUGUGGGAGAUGUUUUGAAUAAUGAUAAUCUUCCAUUCCAGUUGCUGCGAUACAACCAUGUGGUUGAUGUUCUCCGGAUGUGGAGGGGUUUGAGACUGAACCCUUCUCUCUUCCCAUGUAUUUUGAGUUGGAGCCUCUAUCUGAAUAAAAAGGACUUUGCGUGUGCUUAUCAUGUGAGCUUGAUCAUGUUUCAGAAAUCUAAAGUCUUCAGCGCGUCAUGCAAAGUACGACAAUUUCAAGUUACCCAAGUUCAAAACAUGCAACAGUACACACAAAUAAUAUAUUUUUUUCUCAGUUUUACUGAGGUAUAGACAAAUAUAAAUAUAUUCAGAGUAAUCCAGGAAGUAUUUUACAGGCCAGAACAUUAUUAACAAAUAUUGACUAUGUGUUAAGCAAUAUUUAUUGACCUCUGCUUAGUCUGUCUGUGUUGGACAGUGUAUGAAAUUAAUAACGAUCAACUGAAUAAAAUGGCUUCGUGAAAUAUAUAAAAGUUCUCUAUCUGCAAAAUUGUAGUUUACAUUAAAUGUAUUUUGUCAAUUCUGUAAAAUUGUUCCUUUCAACAAUAAAUUUCACUGUUUGGUAUCUGA